UUUGUUGAUGUUUUUCUUUGUUCUGUUUUGAGAAUCCGUGCGCGAUAUAAAAUCGUCGUGCUGUUUUUGUGUGAAGGUUAUUAUCUCGAACCUGCGGAGGAUUUCUUUCGUCGCAAACUUAUCGUUACUGCCCCGGUGCUCAGAAGAUAGUGAAGUGCUUAUCAAUUUAAUCGCGAAACAAUGAAAUUCCCGUGGUCACAUUCGACGCUGGUCGAAGUGCUGAAGAAUGAAUCCAAGCUGCAUCACAAGUGCGACAAACUUACCGAAGAAAUUUCCAGCAAAAAGCUGGACAUCUCCGAGUUUGUUGAAGAACUGGGACCCGCUCUAACCCACGAAGAUGCCAGCAUUCGGAUGAAGGCUACUCAGAUGCUCUCGACGGUGCUGAAAAGUCUUCCGAUCGAGCUGUUGACGGAAAAGCAGCUGGAAUUUCUCGUGGCAUUCUACUGCGAUCGGGUGAAAGACCAUCAUUCGGUAAUUCCGGCCAUUCUAGAGGGAGUUGUGGCACUGGCGGCCAUGCAAAAUUUCCCUCACGAUUCAGCUCCCAAACUGGCCAGUUCACUAUUCUUGAACAUUCCGUGCCAGAGCCAGACCAAAGAAGAACGCGCCAUGUACUUCCGUUUCAUCAGUCUCUUGGCGGACCGCAAUCAGGACCAGUUGAAGGCCAUGGGAGCGGAUUUUGUGUACGGUGUCAUUGGCGCCAUCGACGGGGAACGGGACCCUCGGAACCUGAUCUUCCUCUUCGAGUACAUGCCAACCUUCCUGGAGCGAUAUCCUCUGCUUCACCUGGGGGAGGAAAUGUUCGAAAUAUUUGCCUGCUAUUUUCCGAUCGAUUUCCACCCGAACCAGAACGACCCGGAGGCCAUCACGAGGGACAUGCUGGCGGAAAAGCUGCAGCAGUGUCUGUGCGGGUCGAAGGAAUUCGCCGAGUAUUGUGUUCCACUGUUGCUGGAGAAACUGGAAAGUGAACUGAUUGUGGCCAAGAUGGAUUCGCUGCGCUUGUUGAUAAAAUGCACCCAAGCGUUCGACUUGUCCGACAUGAGCAAGCACCUGGAUGACAUCUGGAAUGCCCUGAAGCUGGAGCUCAUGCCCGGUGGUGGCAACAAGGAAACCAUCGACCUGGCACUGGAAACGACCACCCAGAUCGUCAAGUUCACUCAGCGGGAUCCGCAAGUGGGCGAUCACUUCCUGACCACCAUAUUCGUAACCGUCAUGGGAAGUAUCGCAGACGUCGCGUCGAAAAUGUUCGAUAACGGAAUCAAAGUGGCGCUGGCUUGUGCUAGGGCAACACCCGAAUCAGCCCACUUUGUGGCCAAUAAACUACUGCCGAUGACGUUAUCUCAGCUAAAUGGAGACGGGAUAACGGAACAGGAGAAGCUGUCGUUGGUGGACGUUCUGAGUAGGACUUUGUUGGUUUGCAAGGAGCAUGGGAUCUUGAAGGAAAUGGAUCAGCAACUGGUCGGGGCUGUUCAGAAGCAGUUCAUCCAGAUUCUAGUUCAGGAGAGCGAUUCCAGUGAACUGAAGAAGAUUGCUUUGUUUUGUAUUACGAGAAUUCCGGAGGCCGUGGUGGAUGAGAACCGCUUUGUCGUCUACACGACCAUUAUCCAUGUGCUGCUUUCGUCCAGUGACGAACGGUUGAACGUGGAAGAUUGCCUGCAUGAGUUCGCAGUGCAGUAUGGAGUCGAGGUGGGGAACGUCAUCGUGGACAAACUGGUGGCUAAAAAGUAUGAGGUGGUCACUUCAUCUACGGAGCGGGUGUUUCACGCUUUGGCCAAGCUGAUUCCGCUUGAUUGUAUGAGGGGGAAGAUAUUGAAGUUCUUUUUGGAUCUUGUUUUCGAGGAGUGCGAUCAUGAAUCCCUCACAAUUUUGGCCCUCCAGACGUUGCAAAUGGUGCUGGAAACUUCGGGUGGAGCUGCUGUAGCCGUAGAAUUGUGCGAUCAGUACAAAUUCAUCGAAAAAUGUGUGACCCUGGUGCAUAAGGACGGGGUUACACAUUCCUCCGAUAUGCUGUUCGCCCUGUCCAACACGAUGAAGGACACGAUGAAGCAACUGCCUGCCGAAAAGCAGAAAUCAAUCGUUACUGAACAGUUACCAUCGAUGGACCUCACCAAAGCCAACGACCUCUAUCUGACUUCCGGAAUUCUCGGUUAUUUGGAUGAAUCGGUAUCAGUCGAAGACCACUUCGAGAACCUUGUAGAUGCGCUGACAAAACUAGCUAUGACCAGCGAAGACGAACACGUGAAGCUUCUGAGUCAGCAGCUGCUUUGUAGUCUAUUCAAUCGGAUGCCGGACGACGACCAUCACCGGAACAUCCUGCUCAAGUUGCUGAAGUUCCUCCGGAAAGAGUUGAAAAGUCACAACAAGAAAGUGGUUGGAAUCCUGUCGUGGAUCGGCAAAGGCUUACUGGCCCGGGGCCACCCGGAAGCCGGUGAAAUAGUGGACGACAUAGCAGAAUUGCUGGACCACCCGACGUUGGGCCAUACGGCCGCCCUGGCGUUCGAAAUCCUGUCGGUGGAAUUCCCCCAGUUGCAUCUGCCGCUGAUAAAAAAUCUAUUCAAGCAGAAGCUGUUCAUGCUGGUGAUGAAGAAGCUGGAAAAGUCGGCCGAAAAGUUUGCGGAAAACCAUCUGAAGGCACUGCUGUACGUGUAUAAACCGACGCCCCAUCUGGUGCUGAAGAUGAACAUUCAAAAGGUUGGACCAAUGCUACUCAAAUGUUUGCAGUUGAGUGAUGACAAAGCCCUGGAAAUGGCAUUGGAAAUAACGUUGAGAUUUAUAAAAGAGCAAGAUGCAUUCUUCCUAGACCACCUGCAGACGCUUAUACCUCAAUUGUUGAGACUUUCGGUGUACCAACCUUCGAUGAAAGUACGGAUAGACGCCCUGGAGUGCCUACUGUAUGCAACCAAAUAUCCACCCUUUCUGUUGCUGCCCUUCAAGCAGGAUGUUGUAUUGGGUCUGCAAGCCGCGUUGGAUGAUCACAAACGGCUGGUUAGGAAUGCGGCCGUUGCGGCACGACUUCAGUGGUUUGUCGUGGCGAGUGCAGAGACUAGUAAUUCCGGUGAAUAGGCCCUUUUCCAUCUAGAUUAGUGGAAUGCAUUUCGUACAUAUGUUUUAAAGACAAUAAAACAUAAGCUAUUGUAAAGAUUUCCGUUUAUUACCUCUAUCAGACAAACAAAUAAAAUGUUGGAACUAAAAUUAAUUAAA